UCUUGGAAUCGCACAAUCCUCCACUCGAUCCCGCCUCCCGCGCACUCGCUCCUCCGCGCUCAGCACUCUCAAUCCGCCCGGCAUCAUGAGCCAAGGGUUCAGUCGCUACAUUCCACCUGACUUUGACCCGCGCAAGACUUCCACGCUUAACGCGCACCAGGGCAAGAAGCAUGCGCUCGGCAAGCGCGCAAAGGACAUAGACAAGGGCGUUCUCGUUGUCCGGUUUGAGCUUCCUUUCAACAUCUGGUGCGGAACAUGCAAUCAGAACCACAUCGGCGCCGGCGUGCGGUAUAACGCGCAGAAGAAAAAGGUUGGCAACUACUACUCGACACCGAUCUACGCGUUCCGCUGCAAGUGUCACCUGUGCUCGGGGUGGUUUGAAAUCCGGACCGACCCUAAGAACGCGGCGUACGUGAUUGAGGAGGGCGCGCGAAGACAGGACAGCGACUGGAACCCCGAGGAGCACGGAGGCCAUGCGGCAUGGGACACGGAGGGUGCACAAGCCGCAGCAGGAGUAGACCCGGACGCGUUUUCAACGCUGGAGAAGGACACAGACCAGGUCGCGACCGCACGCCAGACUAAGACGCGCCUUGACGAGCUGAUGGCCGCGAGCGACCGCCUGAACGCCGACCCAUGGGCUGUGUCGCGCUCGCUGCGAGCGCGUUUUCGCGAGGAGAAGAAGGAAGCACUUAGGCGACAAGACGCGCACGACGGGGUGCGCGAGCGCUAUGCGUUGCACGACGGUGUUCAUCUCGACAACGAGGAAGGUGGUGCAGGUGCCGAGUGGACUGCUGCACGACUCGGACGCGGGCUCGCGGCGGAUGUCGUGAACAAGAAAGGCGAUGUUGCAGAGCUCGGCGAAACGAUCCGCACCAACACCAAGCGCAAGUACGAUGCGUUUAGCGACACUAGUCUUCCACGGCGUGUAAGGCUACCGCGAAAGGCUUCUCCGCCGCCGAUGGCGACAGAUAAGAAGGCGGUCGGAGCGACAGGGCCAGUGUCCGCGCUCGGUGGACUAGCGGGGUAUGGCAGCGAUAGCGACAGCGACAGCGAGUAGAUACCUCGACACACACGGGCUACCUCUAGUCUGCGG